AUGGAGGAUAUUGGUUUGCCUUCUAACAAACCUAAAAGUAUAUUAGAAUUAGAAAAUAUUAUCAAGUAUAUUGACGAGGUUAAAUUCCUAGUUACUGUUCAUUUUUACGCACAAGGUAGUUACCAAAGAGGUUUGGAUGGUAAUUCUAUCCUUAACAUAAGCCAGCCAUCUGUAAGUCGGUCUAUUAGUAGUGUGACCAAUGCUAUUAACCAGCGUCUUUUGAGACGGUGGGUAAAAUUCCCAAUGACUGCAGUUGAACGACAAAAGGGUAGAGAAAAAUUUGAAGCUGCACCCCAACCAUUUGAAAGUACUUUAGGAGCAAUUGAUUGUACCCACAUCAAUAUUCUCGCUCCAGUUGUCCAUGAAGGGGCAUAUGUUAACCACCAUGGCAAUCAUUCGCUCAACGUUCAAGCAAUUGUUGACUCGGAUUUGAAAAUUUUGAACAUAAAUGCAAGGUACCCUGGAGCUCGCAACGACUCAUAUAUAUGGAGUACGUCUGCCGUACGACGUGGAAUGGAAUUUCAUUAUAACAAUGGAGAACGUCGUACAUGGUUAAUUGGUGAUGCUGGAUACCCAUUAGAACCAUGGCUCAUGACACCAUUACCUCAUUAUCAGGAAGGGACACGUGAAUUUGAAUACACCAAAAAUCUUUGUAAGGCUAGAAAUGUGGUAGAACGAUUUUUUGGUGUAUUUAAAAGGUGUCUUUCCUAUCAAAGAGUACUUAUGUAUGCUCCUGAUAAAGCAGGUAGAAUUGUAAAUGCUUGUGCUACUCUACAUAAUAUGCGAAUCCAUUAUAAUUUACCAAUCCCUGAAGAAGAGUUAGCUGGUGAACAAAUUGGCCAAAACAUAUAUGAAAACAUAGAAAUACCAAAUAUUGAUCAACAAGGUGGACCCAGAGCGGUGGCUAAAAGAAUUCAAAGACAUAUUUUAGAUCAGUAUGAUCAUUUAAGAGAUGGGGAAGUGGAAGAUUAAAUUAAUUAAAAACAA